UUCCCUGAGUCAUCUAUAUAAAUCCGGCACACGCACCACCAUCUGACAAACUGCUAUUUAUAUCGAUUUCUCUAGCAUUGCCCUCAAAUCAUUGCCCCUGGAGACAGUAAAGUGAGGCUGUGUUUUUCAAAAGGCAAAUGAUCAUCCUCGAGAAGCAGACACAGAACAUUCAGCCAUUGGAGAUCAUUUGAUGCUACUGCUGAUCCAACUCGCUACUUGAAGAGUUCAUCCUUUUGGCACACAUUGUUGAUGCAAGGUUGGGAAGAAUGGCAACCAUGGAGAGGUCCUCCAUGUUGCUCGCCUUUUGUGCUCUCUGGAGCUUGGCAGCACUCGCCGAGUCCGCAGUGAAUUAUGCUCAUCUCCUCGAUGUCAGGCCGGAUUUCGUUGAUCCCCGGGGAGUUCUAUCCGGCUGGUCUCCAGGUUUCGAUCCGUGUGGCUGGAGGGGGGUCACAUGUUCAGAAAGCAAGAACCAUGUUCUUGCAUUGAAUUUGUCAGGCUGUGGGCUUUCAGGCUCAUUGUCUUCCAAUAUCGGGGGGCUCCGAUCCCUCGAGACGCUUGACUUAUCGUCGAAUUCCCUCUCCGGUUCGAUCCCCUCGGAGAUCGGCAUGCUCAAGAACCUCAAGCAGUUGCUCCUCUACUCCAACUCCCUCUCUGGGCACAUCCCCCCUGAGUUAGGCCUGCUGAAGAGCCUCAAGGUUCUUCGUAUCGGCGACAACUCGUUCUCGGGGGCGAUCCCUUCACAGCUCCGCAACUGCAUUGAGCUCGAAGUGCUGGGCCUUGCUUACUGUCAGUUAUCCGGCGGAAUUCCCCCAGAAUUCAACAACCUGAACAAGCUCAAGAUACUGAACAUGGAGAAGAACAGGCUCGGUGGCACGGUACCUGAAGAGCUAUUCAGUGGCUGCAAUGCACUCCGAGUGGUGUCCAUGGCUGACAACAUGCUGCAAGGAGAGAUCCCCUCGUCGGUACGAGAUCUCGCGGAGUUGCGAACACUGAAUCUGGCAAACAACCACAUCUCUGGAUCCAUCCCGCCGGAGCUCGGCAAGCUCACAAGUCUGAAUUACCUCAAUUUGCUAGGCAACAAGCUCACCGGCACGUUGCCUCCUGUUCUCAACCAACUGACAGAGCUUCGAGUCCUCGACUUGUCGAGCAACAACCUUUCGGGCACCAUCAAUGCAAUCUCCACAAUGCACCUCAAGAACCUCACUUACUUAGUCCUCUCCAACAACCAUUUCGAAGGAAGCAUCUCGAGUGGCCUCUGCACUGAGUCAUCCAGCUUGCAGAACCUUUUCGUCGCCGGAAACUCUCUUACGGGAACUGUCGAAGGCCUACUGAGCUGCGGCUCGCUCCGCUCGCUCGACCUCUCCAACAACACACUCACCGGCACCAUUCCAUCGGAAAUCGAUAGCCUGGUGAACCUCGAGAACCUUGUGCUCCACAACAACAGCUUGACGGGGGGGUUGCCUCCUCAGAUAGGGAACCUGAGCAACCUCCAGAUGGUGUCGCUCUUCCACAAUGGCAUCACAGGAAGAAUCCCAGUGGAGAUUGGCAAGUUGCAGAGGCUGCAGCUGCUCUACUUGUAUGAGAACCAGAUGAGCGGGGGGAUUCCGGAUGAGAUCGCCAAUUGCACCGGCUUGGAGGAGUUGGAUUUCUUCGGGAAUAACUUGAGUGGCUCGAUUCCUGAGAUGAUCGGGAAUCUGAAGAACUUGGAGUUGCUACAGUUGAGGCAGAAUGGUCUUACUGGACGGAUUCCUCCGAGUUUGGGCUACUGCGCCAGGCUUCAAGCACUGGCUCUGGCAGACAAUCGGCUCUCCGGCGAACUCCCGUCCAGCUUCGGACUCCUCGCCGAGCUGAGCCUCGUCACGUUGUACAACAACUCGCUCCGUGGCCCUCUUCCGGAGUCGCUGUCCUCGCUUAAGAAUCUUUCCUUCGUCAACUUGUCGCAUAACAAGUUCAAUGGAUCGAUCUCGCCAUUGUUGGGCUCAAAUUCGAUUGUGAAACUCGACUUGACUGAUAAUUGUUUCUCCGGGGAGGUUCCUUCGGCGAUUGGUGGGUCGAGAAACAUGACCCGGCUCCGAUUGGGCCAGAAUCUGUUGACGGGGGGGAUUCCAAAUGAGAUCGGCCAGCUCAGGUGGCUCGACUUGCUCGAUCUAUCUUUCAAUAAUUUUGAAGGUAACAUCCCUAUAGAAAUUUCAAAUUGCUCGAGGCUGAAGCAUCUGCUACUGGCCGGAAACGGGUUCUCCAGUGAAGUUCCUGCAUGGCUUGGAACGCUUAACGCACUCGGAGAGCUCGACCUCUCAUCUAACCAGCUAACCGGCGGCAUACCGCCGGAGCUCGGUAACUGCUCAUCGCUGCUCAAGCUCUGUCUGCAAGACAACUCUCUCUCCGGGAGUAUUCCGGCGGAGCUCGGCCAGCUCACUUCCUUGAACGUCAUCAACUUGCAGCUCAACAACCUCACCGGUUCAAUCCCUGCCGCAGCGGUCAAGCACUGGCAGAAGCUCUACGAGCUGAGGUUGUCGGAGAACUACUUCACCGGAGGGAUACCGCCGGAUAUUGGGGAGCUAGUGGAGCUCCAAGUAAUGCUGGAUUUGAGCAAGAAUCAGCUCUCAGGAGGCAUUCCGUGGUCAUUGGGGAAGCUCACCAAACUAGAGAGGCUCAACCUCUCCUUCAACCAACUCAACGGUCAAAUUCCAGCGUCCCUGCAGCAACUCACCAGUCUCCACCGUCUCGACCUAUCGGAAAACCCUCUCUCCGGCGAGAUUCCCGAAAAACUCUCCGUUUUCCCGGCAAGCUCCUUCGCUGGGACCCAUCUCUGCGACGCGCCGCUGAGUUCCUGCGCGAAGCCGAUGGACGGAAAGAUGGCUCGGCUGUCGAAUGCGGCGGUGGCGGGGAUCGUGGUGGCGAUCGUUUCCACGUCGGCGGUGGUUUGCAUGGUUUUGCUGUGCAUGCUGGUGAAGGUGUGGAGCAAGUGGAUGGAGGUCUCGGUGUCGAAUUCCGACUCCGACGCUGGCGAGGAGGGCUUCGGGGAGAAGGAAGGUGUGCAAGGCGGAGCCAAUGGCAAGUACUGGAAGGUUGAGGCCAUGAAAACCGUCGGCUCUUCGGAGAAGCAAAGCUCUGCUUCUGAGACUUGCACUGUCGACAAGGAUGGAGGGAAUUGAGUCGAAAGGAUUCAAAAGUUAGAGCGAGAAUCUAAAGAUUGCUGUUACUUCAAUUUCUUGUCAAUUUUCCUGAUCAUUAUUUGGAAUUUCAGAUCAUCUGCUUGAAUCUUCUUCUUCAUAUUCGACAAGUUUCUGGAGAAAAAACAAGAAUUAAAUGUAUAAUAUAAUGCGUAAAGCAUUUCUAUUUGUCCCCUCAAUCUUUUUGUAAAUAUUCUAUAGACUCUCAUAGAAGCUUUGAGGGGGCGUUUGAUUCUUUCCUAGGAAUAGGAAUCGGAAUGGGAAUCAUUAUAUUGUGGAAUGGGAAUGAGUAUGAGCAUGGAUAUCACUCUUAAAA